GGGGGGCUGAGCCUGAGAGGCCCCCACAAGCCCCAGGGCAGUGGGGUAAUUCUCCUGUGAACAGAUGGGCUGAGUCUCUGGGUCUAGGCAGGGUGGGCGGUGGGCUGGGCAGCAGGGUGGUCUGGGGGAUGGGUCCUGCCCCCCUAGCUUGCCAAUAGAGGUAACCACUCUCCAGCAUAACUGCCCACCCCUAGGGCUGAGCCCGCCGGGAGCUCUGCUGGGCCCAGCCCUGCCCCAAACCCGGAUCUGAACUAGGUGACUUCAGGGACUGGGGCCCUCCCCACCCACCUGGUGCAAAGGGCUUCACUCCCGCGGUUGGAUGGGGUAGGGGCGAGCACAGUAAAGCCCGCAGAGCUUGGGAGGGACUUCCCCAGGGGCCUCCAGGCCAACCAGCCAGAACACCAGCAUCCUAUGCUACCCCGGGCGGGCAGCAUACAGGGUCCAGUCACUUCCCAUCUGUGUCUGCUCAUGAGCCCGUACCCACCCCUGCAACAGCCCUGGGCUGGCGCAGAGCCCAGCCAGGGAGAAGCCCCACUCUAAGAGGGCUGGGCUGGGGGUCUGGACCACCUGCUCCAGGGUGAUAGUGGAACCAAGACAAGGCAGGCACCUGGGGCUACGACAGGUACCCCUUUGGGGCCUCGAGUCCUGGGUAAACAUUAAUGGGGCUCGGUACACAGCAGGUCAUGUGUGCGCCCAGCAGAUCUUUGACCGGCCGUUGCUCCUGCCCUGUGUCUCCUCCCCGCAGGUGCCCCCUCACUACCCUCACAGGUAGGAGCUUCUAGAACCAGGUGGGGGCCCGGGGACGCCAAGACAAGGGCUGGGUGACCUCCUAGCCCAGGGCUUAGGCCCCACCCUGAGCCUCCUGAGCUGAGGACGAAAGAGGAGGGAGGGGUGACAGAAGGCUGCCCAGGACCUGGUCCCUGGGGCCUGGAAGGGAGUUGGGGCAGAAGACUAGACAGUGGGUCCAGACCCAGAGGGUUGAAGAGAGGAGCCUUGGGGGCACUCAAGCCCCUUGCCCUGCCCCCAUCCCUGGGGGUGCGGCCCUUAUCAAGCCGAGACGUCACCGUUCGGUAUCAAAUGCCAAAGUCUAAGCUAGGACCAUCUGCGGUGUCCCUGAUGACACUUGAUAGGAAGAUCACUGGGUUCCCUGUUCCCAGGCACUUCCGGCACCCGGCACCCUGUGCCCUGGGCCACCCACCAAGUGUUCUUCCAGCCAGGACCAGCGAGGGAUCCGGGAAGCCAGGGCCCCCUCGACUCUGCCCCCGAAACUGGACUGGGCUCGCCUGACAACUGCUGGAGGUCACUGUAGCCAUCCCCCUGUAGCUGGAGGAAGUGGGAAGUCUCCAAGGCCAGCGGGGGUGCGGAGGGGAGGACAGGUCCCAGGUUAGAGGACCCCAGGAGGACCUGGUGGGACAAGGGGAGGACACAUGUCUGACCUGCCUUUCCCCCCACCAGAUCCAGGCUUGGGCCUGGGUCUGUCCCUGCCAGAUAUCCAUGCCGAAGUCCCUCGCGGGUGGCCAGGUCGCCCCCCUCACUCUGGACACAGUUGGCCUGGUGGACCGGAGUCUAGGAAAUGCAGGGACCUCCGGUUCGGCUCCAGUCUUGGAAGAGGGGGAGGUGGACCCCUGGGCCCUCCCUCAGCUGAAGGACACUGGCCAGUCCUGGAAAGAGCUCAGCGUGGCCGGAAGGGUGCUCCGCGUGGUCGUCGGCUUUCUCAAGGCUUGUGGGCUCCUGGGCAACCUUUAUCUUUUCAUCUGCUCCCUGGACAUCCUCAGCUCAGCCUUCCAGCUGCUGAGCAGCAGAAUAGCCGGAGACAUCUUUAAGGGCAACGUGGUGCUGUCCAACCCCGUGGCAGGACUGGUCAUUGGCGUGCUGGUCACAGUGCUGGUCCAGAGCUCCAGCACGUCCUCCUCCAUCGUGGUCAGCAUGGUGGCUUCCAAAUUGCUGACCGUCCAGGCAUGCGUGCCCAUCAUCAUGGGCGUCAACGUGGGCACGUCCAUCACUAGCACCCUCGUCUCGAUGGCACAGUCAGGGGACCCGGAUGAGUUUCGGAGGGCCUUCGGAGGCUCGGCCGUCCACGGCAUCUUCAACUGGCUCACGGUGCUGAUCCUGCUGCCGCUGGAGAGCGCCACGGCCCUGCUGGAGAGGCUCAGCGGGCUGGCUCUGGGCACAGGCAGCCUGCAGCCCGGGGGGCAGGCCCCCGACAUCCUCAAGGUGCUAACAAAGCCUCUCACACACCUCAUUGUGCAGCUGGACACUGAUAUGAUCACAAGCAGUGCCACAGGCAACGCCACCAACGGCAGCAUCAUCAAGCGAUGGUGCGGUACCAGGGAGCUGACGAUUUCAGGGAACAGCAGCGACUGUGGACCCACUGCCUCCGGCCCCUGUCCUGAGAGCAAUAGCUCUGUGGUGGUGGAGCAGCUGCCCUGCCACCACCUGUUCGUGGGGACUGCACUCACAGACCUGGCCGUGGGCUUCAUCUUGCUGGCCGCCUCCCUCCUCCUGCUCUGCACCUGCCUCGUGCUCAUCGUCAAGCUGCUCAAUUCCGUGCUGCGCGGCCGUGUGGCCCAGGCCGUGAGGAAGGUCAUCAACGCGGACAUCCCCUUCCCGUUCGGCUGGCUCAGCGGCUACCUGGCCAUCCUCGUGGGCACCGGCCUGACCUUCAUGCUCCAGAGCAGCAGCGUCUUCACCGCAGCCAUCGUACCGCUCAUGGGGGUCGGGGUGAUCAGCCUGGAGCGGGCGUACCCUCUCUUCCUGGGCUCCAACAUCGGCACGACCACCACAGCCCUGCUGGCCGCCCUGGCCAGCCCCGCGGACAUGCUGCUCAGUGCCCUCCAGGUGGCCCUCAUCCACUUCUUCUUCAACCUGGCUGGCAUCCUGCUGUGGUACGUGGUGCCUGUCCUGCGGCUGCCCAUCCCGUUGGCCAAGCGCUUUGGGGACCUGACGGCCACCUACCGCUGGGUGGCCGUUGCCUACUUGCUGCUCAGCUUCCUGCUGCUGCCUCUGGCCGCCUUUGGGCUCUCCCUGGCAGGGAGCACGGUGCUGGCUGCCGUGGGGGGACCCCUGGUGGGGCUGGUGCUCCUCAUUGUCCUGAUUAACGUCCUGCAGCAGCACCGGCCCGCCUGGCUGCCCCGCCGCCUGCGCUCCUGGGCCUGGCUCCCACGCUGGCUCCGCUCCCUGGAGCCCUGGGACCGCCUGGUCAGCCGCUGCUGCCCCUGCAGGCUGUGCAGUCCGCCCCCCGCCGCUGCCAAGGAGGCCCACUGCUACCAGAACCCCGAGGUCCUGGCCUCCCAGCAGUUGUGAAGAGAGGGUGCCCUGGGGGGUCCCGGUAGCUGACGACUUCGGAGUCACCUGGCUUGC